AUGUUUCAGUGGACCACUCAGGUAAAUCACCCACCAGCGCUGCUAGCAGCAUCCUAUCAAGGGCUGUUCACAAUCAGCCGGAUCGUGCUGUACAACCGGCGGGACUGCUGCGGCGAACAGCUCGUGAACGCCGAAAUCCGUGUGGGUGGCGCACUGGUUAGCAACAGCCUCACUGCGGCGCAGAUCAACCUUAACCAGCUUGUACGACGGGUGGCAGGGGCCAGCACCAUUGGCGCAAUCAUAACCGUCCAGCUGAGGCCCCCAGUCACAGGCCGCUACAUCACCCUUCAGAAUUUUGGAAACAAUGCUACUGCGCGGGCGGCCAGCCUGCAAGUGGCGGAGCUGCAGGUGUACGGCACGCCAGCGGGGAUGGUUCGUACGGCAAACCCGAGUUCGAUGUGGAUGGGCUCUCGUUGGCUGUGGCUGGGUGGAGUCAGCAGCAGCAGCAGUGUUUCACAAUCAUCAUCAGCAGACGUCAGGUGGAUCUCGUCACUGCCCACAGCCUUCGUGCCGUUCGGUCAACGGGUCAUUGCGUCCGCCUGGCAGUCAACCACCUUCUACAGGACCUUCUGGCUGUCAGCGGAGCAGCUACAGCAGCAGCAGGCUGCCCUUGGAGGUGUUGUGACAACGCCCGUCCUCAACCUCACCAUCAUUGCGGACGACCUUGCGACUGCGUUCGUGAAUGGUCAAGAAGUCGGCCGUACAGCCAUGUUUCCAGAACGUUCUGUCCUGCAAGUCUCAAAUCUGCAGCCUGGCCCCAAUCUGGUUGUGUUGCACUGCAACAGCACGGGGGGACUGCCCGUGGUGGCGGCCUCCCUGGCCUUUGGGGGCCCUGACGGCUCCGUGCUACUGCAGACGGAUCACACUUGGAACUGGCUGUAG